AUGGGUUAUUAUAAUAAUAAAAUUAUGUAUAGCUUUUGUGGAAAUGGGUGGGAAGAAGGAGUCCAAAGAUUGUUUUCAAUUGAAUAUGAUGAUGGAAAUGGAAAGAUAAGUGUUUCCGAGUUAGAAAAAUUUAUGGUAAAAAUUUACCACUUUCCUUAUAGCGUUGAUAACAUAAAAACUCGUAUAAUUUCAAAAAUUAUAAACGUCAUCAAUGAAUUUCUUGUUGAUGCAGAUGGGAAAGUUGAUUUCGAAAUAUUCAAGCGUGUUUAUGCCUACAAACGUCUUGAUAAACAUGGAUAUGGCUGAAUAGGACUUCAGAGCUUCUUGGAAAUUGUUGGGCCAAAAGGAUGGACGGAUGAAAUGGUUACAUCGUGAUUCAGAAGGUAUGGAGAAGUUUCAACAACUGGAUCACCAAAAUUUCGAACUAGCUAUUGAAAGUUUUUUUCUCAUAAUAAUAAAAUGGCGUCGUCGAGAUAAUUCCUCUUUGAGUAUUUCUCUCCUUUGGCAAUUUUGUUAUUAUAGGGCUCAGUUUUCCCGAUGAAACCUAAUCCAGCAAUAUCAGUAAGCAACGGGGAAAGGUGCACAGCUUCCUGCCUGAUCCUUGAAUACUUGGUGGGCAUAGAGAUUUACUCCUUGACACUCCCCAAGAGGGAGACCCAUAGGUGGCAAAACAUGCAGCAGUCAGGCUUCGAGCAAGGCAACGCAGCCUGCGAGAUCCAGUAGUCUUUUGACCAUCACUUGCUUAGGAUGGUCCGACCGAUAAAAAGGGUGAUGUCGGAAAUGCCCGAUGACGUCACCAAUUGAUGUCUACUGGGGUGAGCCCUUAUGGGUUUGUUAAAUCAUUCUGCGGAACUGGAGAAGCACGCUAAACACUCUAAGUAAGUUAAUGUUAAUGCUAGUUUUUUGUCAAUCCUAUUAAUAAAUAA